UCUAAUGAGUUGUUUUUAAAGAUACUUCACUUAACAUUUUCAGCCUUAUAGCUGCACAAUCACUUCAAGCAAGCAAAGGGCGAGUUAUGGCUAGCCAAAGUACCGUACGGGCAAGAAAUUUAAUGGAAGGUGAUUUGAUAGAGUUUGACAGAGCCAUGGGGACAUAUUCCCACUGGGCGGUAUAUGUUGGUAAUGGUGACGUUAUCCAUCUCUCGUCGGACCCAGAUGCUGGUGGAAAGUUUAACUUUGCAGCAGAUAUCAACUCAGGAAACAGCGUUCGAAAGGAUAAGCUGAGAUCAGUUGCAGGAACUUCUGAUACAUACAGAAAUAACGAAUUUGACGAUGAGCUAAGGUGCUGUGCUUGGGACAUAUGACACGAAAAGUUCGCUGUUUUAGUCAUUCCAGUAUUACAAUUAUUACAUAUUCUUUGAAUAUUUCUUCAACGUUACUAACCUGAAUUGUAUUUCUAAAUUUGAUCAGUUUAUUAAUAAUGAACAUCAGCUACUUUUCAAAAGAAAAGGAUUGUUUAAAUUAUCAAACGUCUGAAUUUUAGGUAUUUGAAUUUGCCAUUUAUAACUACAAUUCUUGUUUUAAUUAAUAAUUAAACUAUUAAUACAUUGAAUUGGAUUUGCCAUAAGUAAAAUAAUCCAAAUUUUUACCUGGUAUAUCCAACUGUUUUAUUAAAAGCAAAAUCAUUGCCUGCGUGGAUAUUAAACAUGUUACAUGUUU